UUCACUUCCUUUGAUGCUUCCACUUUGGUUUACUGGUUGUAGUAUACAUAAAGCUCUGAUCAACUUCUCCAGCACGGCAUCAACCGGAGUCGAGGGCCGCAGCCUCGCCGGCAGGGAUGCAGGGGGCAGGAAGGCUCCUUGUCGGCGCCGGAGGGUGACGGCGGCCGAAUGGUGAGGGACAGCCCGACAGUCGCCGCCCUCUCAGCGCUUCUUGCCCGCUCCGCUUCUCUGUCCGCCGCUGCGGCGCUCCACGCCCGCCUCCUCCGCUCCUCGCGCCUCUUCAGCCACCCCUUCCUCGCCAACUGCCUCGCCGCCGCUUACUCCCGCCUCGGCGCCACCCCUUCCGCCAUUGACCUGCUCACCCACGCGCCGGGCGGCGCAGCCAACCGCUUCUCGCACAACAUCCUCCUCGCCGCGCUGCUCAAGUCCCGUGACCUCCUCGCGGCUCGGAGGCUGUUCGACGGAAUGCCCCACAGGGACACCGUGGCCUACAAUUCCAUGAUCUCUGGCUACGCUCAAAGCGGGCGCGCCGACGAGGCGCUCCGGCUUGUGCGCAGGAUGAGGGAGCUAGGCGUCAGGCCUAGCGCCUUCACCUUCUCCAUUGUCUCGUCCGCGGUCUGCUCUGCUCCCCACGGGAUGCAGGUUCAUGCAGCUGCUGUCCGUCACGGCUCUGCCCAACACAAUGCCGUCGUCGGCAACACGCUUGUCGACAUGUAUCGGCGUGUCGGCCUCUUGAAAUAUGCCAUGCGCGUCUUUUGGAAUAUGAACGAACUGGACAUGGUUUCGCUGAAUUCUGUCAUGUCAGUGUACAAGGAUGAUGGCCAGAGCAGUGCGGUGUUUGAGUGUUUCCGAUUGACUAGAAGCCAUGGGUUUUCGGUUGACGAAUGCAGUGUGUCGACGGUGCUUACCGCGUGCACAGAUAUUGAGGAUUUGGCUAAGGGUGACCAGCUCUUGGCCCUUUGCGUCAAAACAGGACUCCUGUCAAAUUCUAUCAUCUGUAGUGCUGUGAUCGGCCUAUUGUCCAUGUCUGACAGACUACCUGAUGCUGUCAGGCUUUUCGAGGGAUUAACCAAAUGGGACUCAGAAACAUGUAACGCAAUGAUAUCGUGCUAUGCCAGGAGUGGUUUGAUGGAGCAUGCUCUGGGCCUCUUUGUGAUUGCUCUGCGAAAUGCCGUUCUUCCAACUGAGUUCACUUUUGCAAGCGUGCUGAGAUGGAGUUCGUGUUUUGGUCUGAUGGAGCAGGGCACCCAAAUCCAUGCACUGGUAUAUAAAUGUGGGUUUGAGGAUGAUAUGAUUGUUGCCACUGCUCUCAUUGACAUGUAUUGUAAGUUAGGUUCCUUGAAGCAUGCCAGGAAACUCUCCGAUAGUGUUUGUGUCAAGGAUUUGGUGUUAUGGAAUACAAUGAUCAUCGGUCUAUCGCAGAAUGGGGGAGGUAGGGAAGCUCUUGGAGUGUUUUGGUGGAUGCUGGACUGUGGCGUCAAGCCAGAUAGAAUUACUCUUUUCGGAGCUUUAUCUGCUUGUAGCUUGGGAGGUCUGGUUAAUGAAGCAAUGGAUAUAAUUUCCCUGUUUAAAGCCAAGUACCAUGUCGUCCCUGGCCUGGAGCACUAUGCAUGUGUGGCUGACAUGUUAAGCCGUGCAGGGUUGUUUAGAGAGGCAGAAGAUCUAGUCCAGAACAAGUUGCAGAAGUGCAAUACUGCUGCCCUCCUCAAUAUUCUCGAGGCUUGCAUGAUUCAAGGAGAUUUCGCCAUGGCAGAGUCAAUCGCAGAGAAUAUGUUGAAACUGAAGCCUCAGUCGUCACUGCCGUACACUGUUCUGGCUCGAACGUAUGGUGCAAGAUGUAAGUGGGAAAGCAUGGCCAGGAUGUGGAGGUCAAUGGAAGCUUUAGGUGCAAAGAAGGUUGGGGAAUGUAGCUGGCUCUGCAUCAAGAAUGAAAUCCAUGUGUUUACAUCUGAACAAAUACUGCAUCAAGGAAGCGAAGCUACGUAUGCAGUUUUAGACCUAUUGUUCUGGGACAUGAUGGAUGAGAUCUCCAUGAUGGAUCGCAUUCAUGCUCCUGGUUGUGUUGAUAUAAUUCAUACACAAGAUCCCAAGAAGAGAAAGGGAUUUGAUUGCCUUCAGCAGUUCUUGGAUUGCACUCUGUGAGCUGUGCAACUAACGUAAUUAUUCAGCUAGGACCGUCUCACAAUGGUCAUGCGGUUACCUUGACUUGACAGUAAGGCAGCUUAAGCUACAUAUUGUUAAGCAGGCAAGCACUAUGAGCACCAAGAAAAGACCAUUAUCCCGAGAGGGUGCAGAAAUCUGAUGAUCCAGUAUGUUGGCAAAGAACAGUGAUCAGGUUUUACUUCGUGUUUAUAUCUUGUACGCAGGUUGGUGGUGGUCUCUUGUUAGAACCGUAUAGGAUUUUGCCAUCGGGCGGUUACUUAGUGUGAUCUGAUAGACUGAUGUAUAAUAGCACUUGCAUGCCCUCGUCGAUGCCACCACGGGCCAGAAGCGCAUGUGGACGGCGUCCAGUUACGAGCAGGGCAGGCAACUGCUGCCAAGCACCUAUGGGGUCAUCUAAGCAUUUGGAGAGCUACCUGGCAUGUGGUUUGACAGUAUCACAAUCAAAGAAAGGACAUACCAAGUUUCCACAGGUGCUGUCGCUUCUUGCAACGUAUCUUGGCAGGUCCAUUCAGAAAAAUAAAAAAGUACUAGGUUCUAAUGUCAGGUAUACAGCUCUAUGCAGAACGCAUUUUCAAGUACGCCGAGUGCGGGCCAUCUUGCUUUGUGUUGGCACUUGUCUACAUGGAGAGAUAGCUAGCAAGCAAAUGUGCACAUGAUGCUCUUUAGUGUUCAUCGCUUGCUAAUUACAGGUGUGGUGUUGCUGCCAAAUUCAUUGAUGAUGCGUUUUUCAACAGUGCAUUCUAACAUGCAUAGGGUGGGAGGAAUCAGUGCAUGCGAGAUGAAUCGGCCUGAGUUGGAUUUGCUGUUUAAUCUGGACUUCAGGCUGAAAGUGAACCUGGAGUCAUUUGGGAGCUGCUGCUUGCAGCUGGAGAAACAUGCAGCGCGUUCACCAGAGACUGCCGGUUCAGGUUCAUUGUGUCAAUGGAUGAAAAGAUUUGAGCUAUAGCGGUAGCGCCCAUGAGUUUUGCUAGAGCAAGCUAUGUAGGGCCUACAAUUUUUGCUGAUUACUGAUUAUUCUUUUAAAUCUGAAUGUUCGUGCGUUCAGAUUACAUAAAUUAUUUUACUUCUACAACAGUUAAUUCUUGUAAACCAGUCCGUUCAUCUGUUUAAAUUUGCACCACCGAGUUGGGAAACAGUAUUCGGUCCUGGUUUAACUGAUAGGUGCAAGUAUCCUGUCGGCAGAUGAAUCCGGCUUUCGAAGACCUAUUGAUGGCUUGUGUUCUUUACAUGUGCAUCAUCUGAUUCUAUCGAGCCACAUAACAGGA